UAGAAAGGAUGAAGGUAAUCACUUGUGAAAUUGCAUGGCAUAAUAAGGAGCCAGUGUACAGCUUAGACUUCCAACAUGGAACUGAUGGGAAAAUCAACAGACUGGCCUCCGCUGGAGUGGACACUACUGUUCGUAUAUGGAAAGUAGAAAAAGGACCUGAUGGGAAAGCAAUUGUCGAAUUCCUCUCCAAUUUAGCUCGCCAUACCAAAGCUGUGAAUGUUGUACGUUUUGCUCCCAAUGGUGAGAUUCUAGCAUCUGGUGGAGAUGAUGCUGCAAUUUUGUUAUGGAAGUUGAAUGACAACAAAGAGUUAGAGCCAAUUGCAUUUCAAGAUGAUGAUGAUAACCAGCUGAAUAAAGAAAACUGGACAGUAAUUAAAACGUUAAGAGGUCACUUAGAAGACGUAUAUGAUAUUUGCUGGACUCCUGAUGGAAAUUACAUGGCAUCUGCAUCAGUUGAUAACACAGCUAUAAUGUGGGAUGUCUGUAAAGGGCAAAAGGUUUCUAUUUUUAAUGAACACAAAAGUUACGUGCAAGGAGUAACAUGGGACCCUGUAGGACAGUAUAUUGCAACUCUUAGUUGUGAUAGGGUACUGAGAGUAUAUAACACGCAAACUAAACGAGUAGCAUUUAAUGUUACCAAAAUGCCAUCAGGUGGAGGAUCUGAAGGAGAGGUGAAAAGCUAUCGAAUGUUUCAUGAUGACAGCAUGAAAUCAUUCUUCCGGAGAUUGACUUUUACUCCUGAUGGUUCUCUGCUUCUUGCUCCUGCAGGCUGUGUGGAAUCAGGAGAAAAUGUAACAAACACUACUUAUGUUUUUUCCAGAAAUAAUCUGAAGAGGCCUAUAGCUCACCUACCUUGUCCUGGGAAGGCAACCUUAGCUGUUCGUUGUUGCCCAGUCUACUUUGAGCUGAGAUCUGCACACAGUGAAGAAGAUGCUUCCCCGAAGACUGGUCUGAUAAAUCUGCCCUAUCGAUUGGUUUUUGCUGUUGCUUCUGAAGAUUCUGUGCUCUUCUAUGAUACACAGCAGUCCUUUCCUUUUGGUUAUGUAUCUAAUAUACAUUACCACACUCUGAGUGACAUUUCAUGGUCCAGUGAUGGAUCCUUCCUUGCUAUCUCUUCUACGGAUGGAUAUUGUUCUUUUGUGACUUUUGAAGAAAAUGAACUUGGAAUACCACUGAAAGAGAAGCCAGUUAUAAGUGUCAGGACCCCCAGCACAGCAGAGAAGAAAUCAAAAAGGGGUCAGUCUCCCAGCGUUGUCUCCCCAUCUGCCAAACCAGCGGAUGGCACUCCUAAUAGAACCAUGGAUCCAAGCAGUCCGACUGUGCAAUGCAAAGCUCCAGUACACAGUAAAGACUCACCUUCAACACCUAUUGCUGUUAGAAGCAUCCCAACGCCUUCCUCAGAGGAGAGGAAACCCAUGCAGCCAUCAAGUCAGAGUUCGAAAGUAAACCAGCCCAGAAGAAUUACACUCGAUACAUUACAAUCUUGGAGUAAGACACCAAGGAGAGUUGCCUUGAUUCCUCUAAAACCAGAUACUCCAGACUCAGCACCUUCAAGCUUAGACACUACAGCUUCUUCCACAGAAACUAUUCAACAUGAGAGACCCUCACCACCUGAGGACCCUUUGCAAAAUCCACCAUCACCUAAACGUCUUAGAAUUGCUGAAGCUCCCAUUUUUUAAUAAAAUAAAAAUAAGAUGUAAACCCACUGAAGUGCUGGACUGUGAUGGAUGCCUUGCCUGCAACACAUGCAGAGUUGUCCAAAUAAUACUCUUGGAAAAAACAUCUGCAAUAGAUGUUGGUGAACAGAACCCCAUCUGUACAAAACACUUCUUCGUAGCAGGGAAGUAGCUGUAGUACUCUUUGCCCAAGCUUUCUAAGCAGAUGUUGGCUAUGUGACAGGCCAUUCAGAGUUUUGGAGUCUGAAAAUGCCACAUGGUUUCAUUUCAAUAACCAUUUAAGUGCUCUCCCCCCACCCUUGCUUCCUUUUCAAAAAGUGGUUAUAUCUGCUUCAUACUUUAGGUGCACAAGCUAAUUUGCACAAUGUAAUCUCAGAGAGGUUUGUAAAUCAAAUAAAUUCCUUCUGCCUUCCAGAUCAUUCAUAUGGGCAGAGGUUACAUGUAAAUGCAAAUAUCAGAAAAUUCCAAGGCUUUUCCCUACAUGCAAGUGAAAAGACAAGUCUUCAAUGGGCAGUUAUACAAGUUGUUCUGAAAACAAAAUUGAAAAGCCUACACUGCUUAAUUUAAUUAAAUUCAUUAAAAGACUGUC